AUGCUGUUUAGAGGAAACACGCAUCAGAGAUCGCCCAUCAUCAGUAUCGAAGACUACACCACUGUGACGAUGCUGACGAGAAAAAAGCAGGAGCCUGCACUAUGGUUUGAGGGACCACUGCAGCAACCUGGAGGAGUUUUGAUCAACGUCGUAGGGAUGUACCAUUGUACGACGGCAGGAUCGCAGAGAGCCCUAACUUUGGAUCGUGGUGCUCACGCACCUAAGGAGACCGCUGAAGAGUGA